GUUCAAGAGAGGAGCGAGGAGCGAGGAAAUGACAAAUAAGAGACUUGGGAUGUAGCCCUGGUAUCUGCAAGAAUCACUGCCAAGCGUUGUUCCAGUGCUGCCAGUAUGGAGGGAGAGGCCCUCUCCACCCUGUGUACCCCGGCUCUGGUGGUGGAUCUGGACAAAGUGAAGAGAAAUGCAGAGAGGAUGAUUGAACGCUGUCAGAAUUUGGGGGUCCAGCUUCGGCCACACAUGAAGACGCACAAAACCCUUGAGUGUGCUGACAUUUUGACGGGUGGAUCACGGAGGUGCAUUGUGGUUUCCACACUGGCAGAGGCCUGUCUCUAUGCCGACCACGGAUUUGAUGACAUCCUCUAUGCAUACUCUCUUCCCUUUGAUAAGGUGGAGCGCUGUGCAGCACUGUCAGAGAGGCUGGAUCUCUUCCAAGUUCUACUGGAUCAUCCUCAUGCUCUUGAUCAGCUCAAAAAGAGACCACUGAAAGACGGUCGGCUGUGGCACGUCUGGCUCAAACUCGACUGUGGCAACGGGAGAGCUGGUGUCCUGUACUCAGAAGCCGGGGUGCUCAGAUUGGCUCUGGCCAUCGCCGAGACGGCAGGCGUGGAGCUCACAGGAGUGUACGCUCACUGUGGGAACACCUAUAACUGCAGAGGAGUGGAGCAGAUACAGGCUGUCGCACAGGAAACCACUAACUUGACUUUGCAGUUAAUGGAAAAACUGAAGGCUGCCGGCAUCACCUGUAAGUCCAGCAUUGGCUCCACCCCUUCCUGUAGUCACCCAGUCAAAGACAUGGCGCAGCUCAGCGAGGUGCAUCCUGGAAACUAUGUCUUCUAUGACGUGCAGCAGUCGGUGAUUGGCUCGUGCAGUCUGGAGGAUGUGGCUGUGAGGGUUUUGACGAGAGUCAUCGGACACUGUCCUCACAGGAACCAGCUCCUGAUUGACUGUGGAUGGAGUGGACUCAGUCUAGAAGGAGCCGGAAUACUUCCCACUGGAUAUGCUGUGAUUGAAGGACACCCGGACCUCAAGUUGUUAUCUAUGACCCAGGAGCACGGUAGAGUGGAGCCCAUCUCAGGACCGCUGGACUACAGCAAAUACCCCCUGGGAUCCCUGCUGACACUGAUCCCCUACCAUUCGUGUGCCACUACGAUGAUGCAUCCCGUGUACUAUGUGCACUCUGAGGGCCGUCUGCUGGGGAAGUGGACACCAACACGCGGGUGGUGAAUUAGCUGGCUCAAUGAACACGGGUUGAAGGCAUUCUCAGAGCAACUCGUAGAUAUAUAGAUAGAUAGAUAGAUAUAAGUGUAGAGGUUAUAAAACCACUGAUUAAGGAACACCUACUACUUUUGUCGACCAAUUCUCCAAAUGUUGUAUUUGAAGGGUUUGAAUAACAAAAAGCU